UAAAUACAAGAAACCCCUUUAAAUAAGACAUUCGUGAAUUUUUCAACUUUAACAAGUCAUAAAAAAUUUAAUAAUCUCACAUAAUUUACUUUAUUUCAGCUGAUUAACUGCAAGAUGAAACUUCUACUAGCUGCUAUUGUUUCCCUCUUUUUAUUGCAUACUUUGGGUAUUCCAUUAUCAUCAAACACAAGAUAUAUGACUAUAGAUCAACAGUUGGAAUGUUAUAACUGUGGUUCAGUUGGGUGGAAUGUGGAAUCGUGUAACAAAACUUCAAUAUGUUUGCCUAAUAACGCAUGUUUCCUAUCAUUCAGUUCUACAGGUAUGAGUGGAAAUUAUAAUCUCAGUUGCAAAGAUAACAAGGUGAGUUCUACAGGUAUGAGUGGAGAUUAUAAUCUUACUUGCAUAGAUAACAAGGUGAGUUCUACAGGUAUGAGUGGAAAUUAUAAUCUCAGUUGCAUAGAAAACAAGGUGAGUUCUACAAGUAUGAGUUGAAAUUAUAAUCUCAGCUGCAUAGAUAACAAGGUGAGUUCUACAGGUAUGAGUGGAGAUUAUAAUCUUACUUGCAUAGAUAACAAGGUGAGUUCUACAGGUGUGAGUGGAAUUAUAAUCUCUGUUGCAUAGAUAACAAGGUGAGUUCUACAGGUAUGAGUGGAGAUUAUAAUCUCACUUGCAUAGAUAACAAGGUGAGUUCUACAGGUGUGAGUGGAAAUUAUAAUCUCAGUUGCAUAGAUAACAUGGUGAGUACUACAGGUGUGAGUGGAAAUUAUAAUCUCUGUUGCAUAGAUAACAAGGUGAGUUCUACAGGUAUGAGUGGAAAUUAUAAUCUCAGUUGCAUAGAUAACAUGGUGAGCACUACAGGUAUGAGUGGAAAUUAUAAUCUGUUGCAUAGAUAACAAGGUGAGUUCUACAGGUAUGAGUGGAAAUUAUAAUCUCAGUUGCAUAGAUAACAUGGUGAGCACUACCGGUAUGAGUGGAAAUUAUAAUCUCAGUUGCAUAGAUAACAAGCUGUGCCGGGACCCUACAAGAAUGGAGAAGGUAUCCGCUCCGUUUUAUCGUUUCGAGUGUUGUUACACCAACCGAUGCAACAAACACUGGAUAUAAAGAUAGGAGUUAUAUGUGAGAGUCAUCCAUUUCAGACAAAGAGUGCCUUAAUAACCUU